ACAGGAAGUCAAGGUAAAUUGGGCAACCACUCCUAGCAGUCAGAAGAAAGACACAUCCAAUCACUUUCAUGUUUUUGUGGGAGAUUUGAGCCCUGAGAUCACAACCGAUGACAUCAGAGCUGCAUUCGCACCCUUUGGGAAAAUCUCGUAAGUUCCCAGAAGUCACACCCUUUUGUGGAAUAUAUUUUCUUUUGUCUCAAUAAUAUCAAGUGGUGGUGUGUGCUUACUUUGAACCAGAUGAUCUCUAGAUAUUAUUUUUAAUCCCUGUUUUCCUAAAACCAUGGAAACAGUUUGAAAUAUUUUUUUGUUUAUUUAUUUUUUUAAGUACUUUUUUUAAGUCAUUGUUGGUAGUUCUUAACACAUUUAUUUGAUUUGGUAAUAUGUUGAUGCAAAGAUUUGCAUUUGUCAUUUGUGCUGGGAUUAGCUGUCAGUAACGAAACCUAUAAGACGCUUUCAUGUCUACAGAUUUUAAACCUGCACAGUUGUUUGUCAUAGUGUUUUAGAGACCAUAUUUUGGGUUAAAUUUAAGAUACCCAUACUGGGUAUUAUCAGCAAGCUCAGAGCAGUAUAGUCAAUAUUGUGUCCCCGAAUCGUUUUGUAAAGUGCACCUUAAAAUUUUUCAUCACUAAUCUUCACAACUUUUCCGAAAUUGGUAAGUAGUUUUGAUUUAUCUAAAAAGUAAAAAUUUUAGUUGUCAACACAGAACAUGAUACACUGCUACUCUGCAAAAUCUCCUUUUAGCUCUGAGUGUCAGUUAAUAGAGCUCUGGUUAUUUUACAGAAAUGCUCAUAGGAUUGGACAGGAGCUUGAAGGCUAACAGCAAGGAACUGUGCACUCUGGGAACUCAGAUGUAGAUUUUUUUUCUAUUUACUCUUUGCUUUUCAUAUUUGUAUACUGCAGAAUUUUCCUAUUAACGCUGACGUAGUGUAGACUUUUAACAAACCUCAGAUUACAUUCUUGAAUAUUUGCUUGCAAACAUUGUUUUAUGAUGGUUUUCCUAGUUGUGUUGAUAGUUUGAUUCUCCUAAAAUUCUGAAAAUGUUAAUUUCUCGAAAUUUGCAGCUUCCCAAACUCCAUAUUGGUGGUAAAGAAUUGACCAGGAAAAAUAACGAAAUCUGUUAACAGGCCAUGGAUGCACGAGUGGUGAAGGAUAUGACAACAGGGAAAUCAAAGGGGUAUGGAUUUGUGUCCUUCUAUAACAAACUGGAUGCUGAGAAUGCCAUAGUACACAUGGGGGGUCAGUGGCUCGGUGGACGGCAAAUCCGGACUAACUGGGCAACUCGGAAACCACCAGCCCCCAAGAGCGUGCAAGACAAUAGCUCCAAGCAGCUGAGAUUUGAUGAGGUGGUGAACCAGUCAAGCCCUCAGAACUGCACAGUGUACUGCGGUGGCAUUCAGUCAGGUCUCACAGAACACCUUAUGCGACAGACGUUUUCUCCUUUCGGACAGAUAAUGGAGAUCAGAGUUUUUCCAGAGAAGGGUUAUUCUUUUAUCAGGUUCUCCUCUCAUGAAAGUGCUGCUCAUGCAAUCGUCUCAGUGAAUGGUACCACCAUCGAAGGUCAUGUUGUGAAGUGCUACUGGGGCAAAGAGUCACCUGAUAUGGCCAAAAAUGUCCAGCCGAUGGAGUACGGUCAGUGGGGACACUGGAAUCAAAUGUACGGCAAUCCACAACAAUACGGUCAGUACAUGACGAACGGCUGGCAAGUGCCAUCAUAUGGAAUGUACGGGCAAACAUGGAAUCAGCAAGGAUUUGGUGUAGAACAAUCACAGUCCCCAGCCUGGGUGGGAGGUUUUGGGACGCAACCCUCUCAGGCUCAGCCUGGCCCAGUGAUGAACCAGGCUAACUUUGGAAUGGCCGGAUACCAGACACAGUGAUGUGACCUUGGUUCUUCAUAACACACGCCUCUCACACUUCUUUAGAUCCUGCUCUCAAAGAGAGGGUUGCUAAAGACUAAUAGAUGCACAUCAUCUUUUUCUCUACAAGCUUUGGAUCUGAAGCAGGAAUCGCUUUGUUGUAAAGAUUCAAAUUUAGAUUAAAGAGGCAAUUGAGUUAAGCGCCUUCAAUGGAAAUCUAAAUUCACUCGCAAGAUGUAUUCCUGUUUUAGUGGAAUUGAAGAUGUAUUGUAUCACUUGCCCACCACCCUUUUUUACUGCAUAUCUUGAGGAAAACUGCUGAUUUUUCCCUUAAAUCCCAGCUUCAGGAAGUUCACAGGUACAUUGCAGAAAGCCCAUGGUGUAAAUGGUUUUUUGAACUAAGUAUUUUCUUUUCUUCUUUUUUUUUCUCUUCCUAAAUAGCUGAUCAUGCAUUUGCUUGUUCAUUACAGUAUGGACUUUGAAUUUUGUACAAAAACACAACAAAUAGCAACAAAAAAAAACCUUUCAUUCUGCAUUCUGACUUGGCAAACAAAUGUAAGUAAAGGCACUUUUUGGGGGUUCAUUGGACCUGUGUCUUGUAAAUGUUGACGUGUAAAUGAAUUUCUAUGUGCAGUGGUGUAUAUUUAAUCCACAUUAGCUCCCCGUUCUCCUCCGAUUCUAGAGCUCUUUGAUACUGUGUGUAUAAUGUAUCUUUUUACUCCAAUUUACGGACAGUGAAAUCUCUCCCAUUCACUAUGGAGAAAGGGUCAUAAUGGCCAUACCUGUAAAUAUCUUUUGAUAUCUUGGCCUGGAAUAAGGGUUUCAAAGCAUGCGCUCUAUUCGACGGACUUUUGCGGAACUAAGCAGCGUAUGUCAGACAAACGUUACACGUGUACAAGCAAGCCUUAAUUUUUGCUCAGUCAUACACAUAUUUCAGUUGAACACUUUGAGACCCUCAUAGAGAGCUGUAUGAUUUCUUUUAGAGCCUACUGUAAAUUUGUCCCUUUGCUGUUUUAACAAAUAUGUGUGCCAUUUUUGAGUAGCCAGAGAAAAGGUUUGGAUUUUUUUUUUUUUU